UGUGUGUGGACCAUGAGUGUGUGUGUGUGUGGACCGUGAGUGUGUGUGUGGACCGUGAGUGAGUGUGUGUGUGGACCGUGAGUGUGUGUGUGUGGACCAUGAGUGUGUGUGUGUGUGGACCGUGAGUGUGUGUGUGGACCGUGAGUGAGUGUGUGGACCAUGAGUGAGUGUGUGUGUGGACCGUGAGUGUGUGUGUGUGUGGACCAUGAGUGUGUGUGUGUGUGGACCGUGAGUGUGUGUGUGUGUGUUGGGGAUUAAAAAACUUGGACUCGAGUAAGAAGGUGACGAAAAAAUGUAAACAAUCAAGGGUUGAAAUGUGUACGUGUGUGUGUGUGUGUGUGUGUGUGUGUGUACAUGUGUGUGUGUGUGUGUGUGUGUGUGUGUGUGUGUGUGUGUACAUGUGUGUGUGUGUGUGUGUGUGUACAUGUGUGUGUAUGUGUGUACAUGUGUGUGUGUGUGUGUGCGUGUGUGUGUACAUGUGUGUGUGCAUGUGUGUGUGUGUGUAUGCGUGUGUGUGCGUGUGUGUGUGUGUGUGUGUGUAGGUGGGUGGGGUACGAGCAGCCCGGCUGUAAGGGUGAACAGUACGUGCUGGAGAAGGGCGAGUAUCCUCGCUGGGACGCCUGGACCAACAGCCGGCGCAGUGACUGCAUCUUCUCCUUCCGUCCCGUCAAAGUGGACAGCCAGGAGCACAAGAUCAUGCUGUACGAGAACCCCAACUUCGCAGGCAAGAAGAUCGAGAUCGUAGACGACGACGUGCCGAGUUUCCACGCUCACGGCUACCAGGAGAAGGUUUCCUCGGUCCGAGUGCAGAGCGGCACCUGGGUGGCGUAUCAGUACCCGGGGUACAGAGGGUACCAGUACCUGUUUGAGAAGGGCGAGUAUAAGGAGAAUACUGAAUUCGGGGCCCAGGUUCCUCAGAUCCAGUCUGUGAGACGGAUCCGUGACAUGCAGUGGCACCAGAAAGGAUCUUUCCACACCUCCAACUGA